UACCCACAUCUGCUACAACUCACUACCUUGCAGCUCACCAACCCAAGUCCCAGAAACCAGACGCUUUGCCUUUCGAGUUGCUAGUGUAGAGCUCUUACACCAUACCCGUGGACCCGUAUACCGCCUACGGCCCGACAAUCCUCUACGGUAUCAGACCGGACAGGAUUUCUUAUUUGGAAAAUGGCCGUCAACGCCAUGUGCGCUCACCAGUUUGUCCUCCUAAAAUCCGACACCACACUACUCCAGUGGACCUGCGCAGUGUGCCACUCAGGCCCGCACUGGAUGAUCUAUGAGUGUCGCUUCUGUCGUAUCAAGACGUGUCGUGGAUGCAUGCAGAGCGUUCCUUAAAUUCAGUGACGUCUCGGCAGCUGGGUCGGUCUGCUAGGCCAAAUCGGGCUGGGGCGCGGUGGAGGUCGGCAUUGUGACUCAAGGAGCCGAGGAAGGAGGAAUUGACUUUCCUCUCGGAGGUGGCUGCCGAGGUUGGCGCAACGUCGUCAAAGGUAGGCUUUCGUCUUGUCCAACACGGACCACAUCUAC